AUGAUCCACUCCACGAAGCCCGGACUUGUAAAUAAUGUUUGCAGGGAGUACUCCAUACCUGCCUUGAUGAAAAGUGACGCAUACGAACUUACUGUGUGUCUGUUCUCGGGAUACGUGCUCUUUGAAGCAGAAUUCAAACAUUCAGUCAGGCGUUCAUGUACGGGCUCCCUGGGGCGGGAUUUGGGGAAGUGCACUUUCCACUGCGUCCCAGAGUGGAAGGAGCUCGUGUUCGAUAUCGAUUUGACAGACUAUGACGAUGUUAGGUUCUGUUGCGGAUCGCAAAAUCCUAACAGAUCCUCUGCCCUUUGUCCGAGAUGCUGGAUACUGGCUAAAUGCGCUGUCCUGUGCCUAGACCGCGCUCUUCGUGAGGACUUCGGCUUCGAACAUCUACUCUGGGUCUUUUCAGGUCGACGUGGUGUCCAUUGUUGGGUGUGUGACUCAACUGCUCGCUAUCUGGACUCGACAUCACGGACUGCUGUUGCUGAUUACCUUAGUCUGGUGAACGCUGACUCCCGGAAGACCAAGUCCUUCCAGAAGGAUUCCAAUGCAGUCGAGGCUCUACUUCACCCCUCCAUUGACGCAGCCUUCGAAAUUCUGCAGCCUCUUUUCGCUGACUUUGUUAGCGACUCCCGAGGUCAAGGACUGUUAUCCCACCCCGAUCGCAUAAAGCGGAUUCUCAACUUCCUGCCAGCGGAUCUAACCGCGGAGCGCGACAGCCUUGAGGAGAUGUGGUUGAAGGAAACGGAGGAAUCGCACGGGGGUUCGGACAUCUCCCUUAAGCGCUGGAAUACACUGCGCCGAUUUCUCUCCGACAGGGGACGAUUAAACGUCAUUAAGGACAUUGUUAUCAAUACCGUCUACCCCCGCCUGGAUGCUCACGUCACUACCGGUGUAAACCACUUGCUGAAGAGUCCCUUCUGCGUUCAUCCAAAGACCGGCUUCGUGUGCGUACCCUUCGAUCCGCGCAAACUAGAGGACUUUGAUCCGAUGACCGUGCCUAAGCUGGGUGAUAUAAUUGACCAGAUGGCAUCUUCUCGCAGCGAAGACGGCAGUGAGCGUCAUUUGCUGGCCUACAAACACACUGGACUUCGAUCAGCUAUUGAGAUGUUUGAACAAUUUGUCAAUCGUGUUUCGCCCCAGUCUACUGAGGUCGAAGGCAGCGGCGCUAUUAAAGCAGAGGUCACCAAUUUUGUUUCCGUUCAUCCGGUGCUGGCAGAAUCUUAA